CCUGGAUGUAGCGCUUACCCCUGGGAUUUCUCUCCCCGACUCCUUCUCCUUCGAUGCCUACGAAAAGGAUGCAAACUCGACCGCCAAAAGGCGAAAGAGUGGUGGCCUGCCCCCGCCCUCCGAGAUGGCGUUGCACUCCUCGGCGCACAGGACAGUAGACUACACUGCGCGAGAAGAGCGGUCGAAGAGCGUGGAUACUGUUCUCAAUCACUUUCUCGCGGUCAUCGACCCACGGACCGGAGAGGUGGAAGUCGUUCAGGCGAAGAAGAUGGUUGUUCGAGGGACCGUCCGAUCGAAACAAGCGCCGAGUGAAGCGAUGCAGGUGUCCAAUGCCAGACCGACUCAUUCAGAGAUGAGGAUGGAGCUGGGCGAGACGUUCGGGACGAAGAAGGCGAAGAAGGCCAUUCAGGCUGUUGCAGAAAACGCAAUGCUCGCCGCCAAGUCGCGUGGGAAGCUGGGUGAAGACGACCGGGCCCUUGUGGACACCAUCCGAGACUCCAGCCAGCACAUGGCCACGCGAGAAGAGCUCCAGGCUGUUGUCGACAUGGCGCGGCCGGUGCCCCGCGGCAACUUUGACGCAGAUGAGAUUCAGGACGUCUACGUGCCUGCGCAGAUUAUUGGCGCUGAGGUGCUCAAUGCGGUACCAGUCAUGGAUUGGCAAGAAAAGGUCAGGAAACUGGAGCCGGUGCAAGUCCCUGCUCGCUUCGUUGCUCAUCGCAUCGUCCGUGUCGCCGGCAAUGAGGAUGAUGUGCAGAGGUUGAAGCUCCUUCGCUACCUUCUCUGGGUUAUCACUUUCUGGUCGAUAACCAGACAAGGGAGAGAGCGUGGCACACGGAGUAUAGCAAGGAGAGACGACUUGCGGGAGGCUCUGGCGCCGGCGCCCGAGGUCGUGAUCGAGAACAUCCGCCGCAAGUUCUCAGACAACGGGGUGAUGCGCAAGACGCACAUCGACUUGCUGAUGACACAUUGUUGCGUUUUUGCCAGUAUCAUCGACAAUUUCGAGGUCAAUACGCUUGAUCUUCGGGAGGAUCUAAAGCUCGAGCAGAAGCAGCUCAACCAAUACUUCAUGGAGAUUGGGGCCCGAAUCAAGCAGACCAAGUCUGGGGACAAGGUCAACCACAUCGCCAAGCUUGCGUUGCCGCUACAGUUUCCUAAGAUGCGGCAGCCAGCGAAGAGGAGAUGAAGCGGGUCUGGCUUUGCAGUGCCUCGGGAAAAGGGUAUAUUUCACGAGCGAACCUUGUUGGCGGUACGGGUUCGUGUUUGGUGCGGGACAAGGCAGCUUCGGGCCGCCGGGGAAAGGGUCUUGGCAGAGACCCAGUGAGUCGGCCCGGAAGCCGCGCACUUACCAUCGGCUGCCGGACAUGCACUUGGACAGAACUUGACUAGACUAUGAGCUUUCAUCAUCAAGCUUCAGGACAAAGUGAUGAAACAAACUAGCUGUAAAGAUUUCGCACACGAUGAUUGCUUUGUUCCACUUACAAGUAAACUACACAUCCA